AUGGCAACGCCUCAAUUUAGAGUUCAGGAGCUGGAUACAGGAACAGGAGACAAGAAAUAUAACAUGUUGGAAACAUGGUGGAUGAAUGGGAAAGAGAAAAGCUUUGUGGCAAGACAAUUUUAUGCAGUUUAUGGAAAUGGGCCAAGAGCAUUCGAACUGAAUCGACCAAAUUUCAUCUCUGUAUGCCAAAGAUUUGUGGAGAAAUACCAAGAACUUGAAAAACUGGGUGACACAGAUGAAGACAGGUUGUUUGAAGAAACAGGAAAGGCUCUCCUUGCUGAAGGAAUCAUUCUGAGAAAAAAAGGGAUUAGUGGACAAGCUCAGCAGCAUAGCUCACAGGCCACUGAGGGUAUAGACCCCAUACUGCAAAUGAAACUUAAAGACAUGUUGAAAGAAAUGCAGGAGGAACAACAUCCUGUUGUCAAUCCAUCUGAAUCGAGCGAGUACCAUCAGAAAACCCCAGCAGCUGAGUAAAGGAAACUUGCUCCUUCCUCUAAGGACAUGUCAAAUUCUGCAGCUUGGAAAAGUUACUAACAUUUGUUUUUGUUCUUGCCAGGAAAAGUUAUUGCCAUAAAUGAUUGUUUCCUAAAAUAUUUGUAUGGGUAUUUAUUUUGUUAUCCUUUUUUUAGUAAUUCCAUUUUUGUUUUAGGGUUCUCUGUUAAUAAAUGCCUGUAGUUUAACUAGGUCUAUACUGUCUUCCUGUGAUGACACUCUAGGUGAGGUCCCCAAGGGAGAAGGAUAAAGUUUAACUUUGGGCGAGACUAAGCAGAAGCUUAUGAGUGUUCAAAGAAAGAUUCUUCUCAUAAUUGAAAUGUUUUAAUUUACAAAACUGAAGCUGUUCUUGGAACUUAAUGUAUUUAUGAAGUGGGCUGUGCAGGUCUUAUCACUUUUUCAGCAAUCUUCAGUGUCCUUAUGGAUAAUGCCUGAAUUGCCUUGAUGCAGUCCUAUCUUCCCUGCUGUAGUGCUCCUCUGCCUGGUUAAAGGACUUGUAUCUCAUGUCAGUGGCUUUAAAACAGUGAAAUGGUGUUGUCCACUCUUCAGUUUCUGUGUGGAGUAGAUUUAAGAGGAAACCUAAAGAUAAUGAUGCAUAUAGAGUAACUGAGGUACUUGGACUGAUGAGGUAUUUUGUUUCCUCUUAACUUUGGAAACAUUUGUCUUGGUAUGUGUGCUGCUGAUCCUCUAGAAGCAGGUAUACUAAUAUAGAUUGGCUGACUUGGUAGAAUGUUUUGUUUCACUAAUGACACUCAUAAUUGAUACUUUUGGGAGUUUUUGUAUACAGUAAAAUGACACUGUGGUACAAUAUACAUACUUAGGUCUUUGCACAGUUUAAAUUCUUUGUUCUGAGACUGCAGGACUGAAAAAGUAUGCAUUCUUAUUUUAUGCUGAGAAUCUUUUUUCUUUUCUAUUAGUAAUGAUCAUUGCACUCUUGAAGUUUCUUUUUAUCUGUCACGCCAGACCAACAUUUCAGUUGGUAGUGUUGGUGAAUUUUGAAAUGUGCAUUAAGUAACAUGACAUUGCUUUGAGACAGAAGGUGUUCCCUGCCUUCUUGUACAGUGCCUUACUAAACUGUGUCUUUUACUAAGUGGUCAGCAGAAGCUUUCUGCUAUUCCAUUUGGUCUUUUCUUUGUAUUCCUUUGUAUUCUCCAGAAUGAGAAAGUAAGCAGCCAACAUUUUCAUGUCUUGUGUCCCUGAGGAUCGUUCCUGGUGGAUCCAUUCCAUCUGGCCAGUGAAGCUUAGUAUAUACCAUCACUGCUGGAUGUUCUUUGUUGUAAAGGCUGCGGUGUAAGCCCACCCACGCCCUACACGUGCAAUGUUUUUGUUACAUUUUUAUCACGUAGUUUGCUGGUUUGCAUUAUCUUUGUUUCCCUUGAAUCACUCAGGAGUUGUGAAAAGUGCGAUUAAGUAAUUCAUGAAACCAACAACUUAUGCAAGACAUUUGCAGGUAGCUGGGUUUACAAAGGGGGGGGAUUGCACUACCCAUUAGUCUGGCAUAGUAUUAGAGUCAGUACUGGAAUAAGUGGCAGGCAUUGGCAACUGUUCUGUAACUGUAGAAGACAUCCUCUCUGCUGUCAUAGUCCCCCUACCUGUUUCAGGUCAUGCUUUGUAAAUAAUACCUAGGCAUGGUGGACAGUGAAUACUCCACAUUUUGGUGGAGUAUGACUGCUCCCUGAACUCUGCUUCCUACCACCUUCCUGAAUUAAGCAUCAUGCAUUAACAGAGGGUAAAUUUGCUUAACCCUGACACUAAUGAUUCCUUUUCUAGUGGAAGAGAAUAUGAUAUAUGAAACUGAUUUGCUUUUAAGCAGCUCUAUACUGAUCAAGCUCUUUCCUGUUCAUCAGAUGGAUUCAAAUGCACAGCUCGUAGUUAUGUGACAGAUAAGCUUUCUGCAGUCUUUUAACUAAUGUAGCCGAUUCCAUGGUCGCACAACCAUGGUAUAAGUUAAAAACUUUGUGUAUAAGCAGGCUUGAUUGGUUGAUAUUUAUUUAAUUGAAAACGAAGCCAAAGCCAUGGAAAAUGAGAGACAGUUCCUUGUAGUGUAAUCAACAAAGAUACUGUCUCUGAUUUGCAAAUUGGUACUUUUGUUCCUGCACUUGAUGUAAGGCAUCCUUGAAUUCCAUCCAGAAUUUAGUUGGACUAAUUAUCAAAGAAUAAUGGUAUGUAUGUAUAUGCUUGUGUGAGUACAUUUUUUUCACAACUGAUUGUUAAAAAAAUACUUGAUUGUAGAUGAAGAACCUCAGGAAGCUAAGAUAAAGCAGCCAAAAUAGGUUAUGUAAAACUACCCUUUUGAAACAUAAGAUGUGAAAGCAAAACAUAACAGAGUUUUGACAUCACAGUUAAUCAUGCAGUAAAUUGAUUUGUUUUUCUCACUUGA